GCAAUCUCUUAAGUUUCAAGAUAAGCAUACAUUGUUCUCAAGUAAUAGAAAAUAUCUGAGUGUCAAAAAUGUUAGUGUCAGCAAAAUACCCAGCAAUCAAAUGAACCUUCCUCUUCCAGAAAAGUGAGAAUUUCUUGAUAAACGCAUGAGACAAGAUGUUGUCACGCAAAAGUCAUUGUGAACUGCAAUAGUAUAGCAGAGCCAUGUGUUCAGCUUCUAUAUCUUUGCAUAGCAUUUUGGAAAAACUUGCCUUCAGCUGUGUAGUUUUUAUGUAGUUCCCUAUGUCUAUGACAGAUUCUGAUGCCUAAUUCAACUGAAGACUAAGUGGCCUCGAUGCAAGUGCUUCUUAGUUGAUACUGCAAAGGGUCCACAUUCGAGUUUUGCUGCAAAUAAAUGCCUGCAGACUUGCAUAGCAACUGAACGAUCAAGCACCAUCAGUACAUACACAGAUGCACUUUUUCCAAUCUAAAUAAUUUUUGUUAUAAACUUGUGUAGCAUUUUGGUCUUGAGCCUUUGCACUUCCGAAUAAUGUUUUUACAGAACAGAUCUUCUAUAAUGGUAUUACUGUCAAAAAAACUUGCAUGUAAGAUUUUGAUUUUUAUUACUGUCAGUAGCCUCAUCCAUCUGCAGACCGCAUUUUCUUUCAUUUCCUCUAUCAACUAAUCAGUGCGAUUUUCAGCUAUACAUCGAAUUCGUCUAAUAAUGUUGUUGGAUACAGGUACAUUAGAUAUAAUAUUUUCCAUCAUAAUAAUAACCAUGUUGAGUACAGUUCUUGCGAUUGUGUGCUUUUUUUUGCAAUUUGUCACUCUGAGCUACCUUAAAAGACACUAGCUGUGCAUUACUCAGAACUGAUACACUUGUUUAGUGAACACAACACUUUUCUUUUCUAAAUCUUGCAACUUCCUGGGGGGGGACCCUGAGAUUUGUCAACCUAAGGCUGAAUGCUCUUGAGUUUACUUUAGUUUACUUUACUUUAGUUUACUUGGGUCAAGAUGUUGUUUUAGUUUACUUGGGUGCAUACUUUCGCACGUGUGUAAUUUUUUAAAGACAGGACACAUUUGUUAUUGUUGUCUUUAAUCGUUAUUUACUUCUACUAAAGUAAAAGGGCAAUCAAAGUAACUUUCUUUAUAGUUUUGGCAUUUUUGCCAUUUUUCUUCUCCGUCAGUUGUUACUCAAAUUUGAACUAUCAUUACUAUUUGUUUGCUUACUUAAUAAAAUGUUUUCAUUUUAUGAAAUAUCAAUGAGGAUUCGUUGAUUUAUUGUAAUAUUUCGUCAAGCUCACGAUUUUUUUAUAGACGUAUAAGAUUGUGCAACCUUCCCCAUCCAUUCCUGAAUUUGAUACUAAUGAUUGUAAACUAAAAAAAAAAAAAAAAAAAAAAAAAAAAAAAAAAAACGAAACACCAACAGAUGCCACUGCUGAGAAGCCAAAUAUAGCAAUCUUGUGAUAGUAAGUAAUAGGUGAAAAAAAUUGUGUGAAAUUAAUCGAGUAUAUAAUAAUGUAUGAGCAGCAUUUGAUGCAACAACAUAGAAUUAUUGCAAAUUGAAAGAACAAAGUGGUAGAAAAAUUAGUGCUUAAAAAACAAAAUUAAUGCAAUUAGAAGACCAAUUGAAAUAUAAAUAUUGAGAAAAUUUUUGGGAACUAUUAUUUUAAGAAAGAGAAUAAAAUUAAUGAAAGUAUAAUUAACAAAAAAUAUGGCCGAGCUUUCAACACAAGUCUUGUCUCUCCAUGAAGCAAGGCAGGGGCACUGCAAGGUUCCCUGGGCUUACAUUACAGUCUCCCAGGGUGCUGCGGGCACACUUUGCGAAAUCCUGCCUUAAUACCUAUUAAAAUAGCUGGGUUGCAGAGUAACCAUUUUUGAGUCUGUUUAUACUUUUUUUUUUUUUUAAAUAUAGCUACUACAUACUUUCUUCUUUGGUUGCUAAAAGCAGACAUUUUUCUAGGGCGAGGAUGAAUCCAAUAAGCACAGGUAACAAAGUCUGUCUUCACGCACACAAAAACUUGUAACUUUAAUCUGCUUUGUUUUAUAUGUCCAUUUGUAUAUAUAUUUUGCAUUCAAAGAAAGGAGAAAAUUUGGGUAUCUUUAAUGAACAUCCUAGUUAACACUGAACUUAAAAAUUUUGAUUGGACAUUUUCAUGCUAUCUUUUCCAGUCAUAUAAAGAAAUAUCUCCAUUCUGUUUAAAAAGGCACGUUUAAUUGGUAGUAAACCAGGAGAAUUUUAAAAAAGUCCUUCUCCUGUAGUCUGUAUUUAAGUGUGUUUAACAAUUAAUUCAUAAAGCACAUCUUUGUUAGUGGCUAACUUUAAAACUUUUUAAGACUGGAAAAUUUGAAAUUUUCGUAUUAUUAGUUGGGAAAAUAAAAGAAAUAUAAAAUGUCUUGACUUUUUUUUUCAAAAUAAGGUUCCUACAAACAUGGAAAAAAAUGCUGGAAACUAUAAUUUUGAACUAUACCAUUACAUUUAAGUGAAAAUGCACGAAAGUUGAAUUGUAGCCAUGUCUUUUUUUAACAAAUUGCUUUUUGUUUCGUUGGAUACGGGUCUUCUGAGGUACUUUAAUUUUUUGCAAACUUUUAAAAUUGUAGGGAACACAAUGCUGUAUCAGACAAAUAUAAUUGCCCCACCUCCCAAAAAAACAGUGCAAUAAAAAUAAUAGUUUUUGAGCUGAAAUUGUUUUGAGAUGAUUGCCUCCUCCAAAAAAAUAAAAUAUUUUAAAAGUAGCAAAGCAAUCAUGAGUGCAGUAUCAUUUGAUAUGAAAUCACACAUGUGUUGUUAGUUGUGAUAUAAUAGCUUACAAGUCUAUUUUCCAAAGCAUUUUGGGUUAAGUAUAGUAUGAAUAUAAAGGUGCUGAUCAGGUUAUAAUUACUAUAAUGAGAUGGUGCUGAUAUAACACCAAUGUAAUUAUGAGUUAUUCUAGUUUAAAUUAGAUUUAUGAUAGUCCAUAAAAUUGUGCACCCCUCUAUUUGAGGUAAAUGCUUUCGGCUUUUUCUCCGGUAGUACUGUCUGCACUUUUAUUCGGUUUUAGAGGUGCACCUUUCAUUCUCUUCCAUUGUUGAAUUUAUUUUCAGCAGCAGAUUGUACAGAAGUUCUCAAUUUGAAGACCAUUAUAAUGGAUCCUGUUACAUGUUGGGAAGGUCAGGCAAUAAGUCGUGUCGCCCUCUGAAAUAUCGAAAUUGAAUUGGAAAAAGAAAGAAAACUUGUGCCAAGUGACAGUUCUGAAUUAGAGAAGUUAAAACAGUUGAAAGAGCAGGCACAACAGUGGAAAAGUCAAAACCUUCAACAACCUGCAGCUGCUUCAUGGCCGUAUUCAACAGCUGCUUCUAAUGUUUCACAAACUGCAACUGCAACCACUGUCACUUCAUCAGAAUCAUCUUUCAAAUCACAUGCAAUUGCAAGUACAAAUACAUCUGAUCCUGGCAAUGCACAACAGAUGGAUAAAGAUGAAGAAGAAUUUGAACGCCAAUUCAAAGAUUGGGAGAAACAGUUUGAAGCUUGGAAGGAACAAAACAUUAAUCAUCCAGAUAAAGAAGCAUUUGCACAGUAUGAGAAACAGUGGCAAGAGUGGAGAGCCCAGUUAUUACAGAAAAAAGAACAAAUGCAAAAGGCUAAAGCAGAACGCCAGGCUGCUGCAAAAACUGGUGGAGCAGAUGCUCAGUCUGUUCAGCCUUCAACCGUUGUGACUUCAACUGUUCCAGGUCUUAAUACAAUAAAUACACAAGCAAGUGUACCAAGUGUACCAAGUGUACCAAGUGUUCCAAGUGUUCCAAGUGUUGCUAGUGUUGCUGAUCCAGCAGUAGCUACAGCUGCUGCUUCUAAUUCAAACCUGUAUUAUCAAACACCUCAGUAUAUGUAUGUGCAACCAUAUGUGUAUCCUAGUACUGUUCCAGUUGCUCCUCCAGCAGUGCCUCAACAAUAUCCUUAUUCAGGCCAAGGCGUAACUGCUCCUACUGGGGAUAAUUUUGUAAAUCAAACCCAAACAGUUCCACCGUCAGGACCACCACCACCUCUUUCAGUGCCUCCACCGCCUAUCACCAAUCCCAGCAUGAAUAUCAAAAAUAUGAAAGAUUUUGAAAGAAAUAAAGAACCAUUUCAAUAUGGACAAAUUAGAAAAGAUGCACCCAGUCAAGAUACGUAUCAGAAUUUUGAAGGAUUUGAGAAUUCUAAUACAUAUGCUCCAGAAACCGAUGAACAAUUUAAAUGGAAUUCAGGACGUGGACGUGCUAGAGGAAGAGGUCGUGGCCGUGGCCGAGGAACAAGAGGCAGAGGAGUUGGAAGAUGGUCUGAGAAUGAAGCUGAAAAUCGACCUGGAGAAAAUUUGAAUAAAGGACCACCUGGAUUUCAUGACAAUUCAGGAAAUUUUAAUGAAAAUGUUACAGAUGGGUCAGCUCCAGCAUUUGAAUAUCCAUCUGAGGAUUUCCAAGGAGAUUCACAAUUUCCUAAAGAACAACCUGGACCAGGACCAAGACAGAAUCCUCCUCCUGGAGGCCGAUUUCCAUAUCAAGAGGAGCCACGAACAUAUCCCCCCGAUGGAUUUGAUGAAUCUUUUCCACCACCUGCAUUUGAAAGAUUUCCUCCUGAUUCUGAAAGAGAAAGGUUUCCACCUAAUAGUGAAAGGGAUUCAUUUCCUCCUGGCCCUGAAAGAGGACUGUUUCCUUCUGGUCCCAAAAGAGGUCCGUUUCCUACUGGUCCCGAAAGGGGUCCAUUUCCACCUGGCCCUGAAAGGAGUCCAUUUCCUCCUGGUCCCGAAAGGGGUUCAUUUCCACCUGGUCCUGAAAGAGGCCCAUUUCCACCUGGUCCUGACAGAGGCCCAUUCCCUCCUGGACCCGACAGAGGCCCUUUUCCACCUGGUCCUGACAGAGGCCCAUUUCCUCCUGGACCCGACAGAGGUCCGUUUCCUCCUGGACCUGACAGGGGGCCAUUUCCUCCUGGACCUGACAGAGGACCAUUUCCUCCUGGACCUGACAGAGGCCCAUUUCCUCCUGGACCUGACAGAGGCCCAUUUCCACCUGGUCCUGAAAGAGGCCCUUUCCCACCAGGACCACCUGAAAGAAGUAGAUUUCCUCCCGGCCCGAACAGGGAUCGCUUCCCACCUGGACCAGAAAGAGAAGGUUUUCCUCCUGGUCCUCAAAGGAAGCGCUUUGCUCCUGGUCCUGACCAAGAUAGUUUUCCACCUGGCCAUGAACAGGAUCGUUUCCCACCUGGACCAGAAAGAGACCGUUUUCCACAAGGCCCUGAAAGAGAACGCUUUCCGCCUGGACCUGAACGGGAUCGUUUUCCUCCUGGACCUGACCGUGAUCGAUUUCCUCCUGGUCCACCUGGUCCAGAACAUGAUCGAUUUCCUCCAGGACCUGAAAGAGACAGAUUUCCUCCUGGUCGCAAAAAUGAAGGGUUUCCUCCUGGUCGCAAAGGUGAAGGGUUUCCUCCUGGUCCUGAAGAAGAGCAGUUUCCUCCUGGCCCUGAAGGUGAACAAUUUCCUCCUGCACGUGAAAGAGAACCACUACUUCCAGGAAAUGGCAGAGAGCGAUUCCCACCUGGUCCAGAAAGAGAGAGGUUUCCUCCUGGCCCUGACAGAGAGGGUUUUCCUCCUGGCCCUGAAAGAGAAAGAUUUGGUCCAGGCCCUGAUAGAGAAAGGUUUCCACCAGGUCCUGAGAGGGAUGCUUUUCCACCUAUGGAAGAUGAACGUUUCAUGAUGGAGAGAGACUUUGAUAGAUAUCCUCCUGAAGAUGAUAUGUAUGGACCUCCACCAUUUAGAGAAGAAUUCCCACCAUUUGAUGAUAGAUUUCCUGGUCGAGGAAGAUUCCCAGGACGAGGUAGGAGGUUUCCUCGAGGAGAAUUUGAUAGAUUUGGACCUCCUCCUCCAUUUGCUCCAGGCAUGCAAGAGGAUAGUCCAUUCGGGCCACCCGAUUUUCCCCCUCCAGAUGAGAGGUUUGGAUUCCCAGGAGAUGGUCCAAUGCCACCCAGAAUGCCUCCCGGACGUGGUAUUUUACGAGCACCAUUUGAACCAGGAUUUGGGCCUGGGCCCGGACCGGGACCUGCUGGUAGGGGAAGAUUUCCAGAUGAUCGGUUUUUUGGUGAAAGACCUCCACAUUUUAAGAGUAUUGACUAUACUCAUAAACCUGCUUCUGACGUUAUGGGGGAAGACUAUGAUCCUCAUUAUGAAUAUGAAUCAGAAUUUCAGUCGGAUGUCAUGCAGUAUAGGGAUAAUUUUAGUUCGGAUUUAAAUCUGGCACCACGUGCACCUAUUAUCUUUUCUCAAGUCAGUGUUGAAUCAGUUGAUUAUGGACAUGGUAUGAAACCCAUGACUACAUCUACAGUUCCAGCAAAGAAGGAAUCUGAGGCUGCAUCUCCUGGCAAAGUUUUUGACUAUUCACAUCGAAGGGAGAGGAGCCCGCUUAUCAGGGAAACACCAUUUGUCCCAGAAAGAAAUGGGGAACGGCCACCAGUACCCUUCCGAGAACGAGAACGGGAACCAUUUAGGGAGAGGGAUAGAAAUCGUGAUAGAGAUCUGGACAGAGACAGAGGCCGUAAAGAUAACCGUGAGAGAGAUCGUGAUAAUCGGGAUAGAGAUAGAGACAGGGAUAGAGAUAGAGACAGAGACAGGGAAAGAGAGAGGGAAAGAGACCGAGAAAGAGAUCAGAAGAGAGACCGGGACCGAGACUGGGACAGAGAUCGACACAAGGAUGAGAGUGAAAGAGAAAAGCGUUUCAAAUGGGACAGCAAUCAGGAAAAUGCAAGGAAUUAUGCGAAGGAUAAAGUCAGCAAUAAUUCAAAGAAAGAAAUGGAAGUGAAAAAUGUUGACACAACUUUUAAACUUCCACCUGAAAUAUUCAAGAAUGAUAUUUCUGAGACAGCUCUAAUUGAAGAUUUGUUGAUUGCACCUAAGCGACUAUCUAGGCCAAAACAGCUUGUGAUAAUAUUACGGGGACUUCCAGGUUCUGGUAAAACAUAUGUAGCAAAAUUAAUUAAGGAUAAAGAAAUUGAAAAUGGGGGAUCAGCACCUCGAAUAUUGUCUCUUGAUGAUUAUUUUAUGGUAGAAACAGAAGUUACAGAUAUAGAUUCUGAUACAGGAAAACGCAUAAAGAGAAAGGAGUUUAAAUUUGAAUAUGAAUCGGGCAUGGAAGAAGUGUAUCGUUCUAGUUUAUUUAAAUCUUUUAAGAAGACUAUUGAUGAUCGUUUUUUCCCUUUCAUCAUUGUUGAUGCUGUACAUGAUAAGUCUAAGCAGUAUGAACAGUACUGGAGCUAUGCUAAACAAAGAGGAUUCCAGGUUUAUAUAGCUGAAAUGGAUUGUAAAGAUCCUGUCAUUUGUCAUAAAAGAAAUAUCCACAAUAGGUCAUUAAGUGAUAUAACAAAGAUUUUAGAAAAUUGGGAACCUAAACCAAGGCAUUUUAUGAGUAUCGAUGUUCGUUCUGUUUUGCAAGAUGUAGCUAUUACAGAAGUGGAAAUGGAAGUUGAGUCUAGUGAUAAGAAAGAAGAUGAUGCCAAGGAUGAAAAUGCACAAGAAAAUGAUGCAGAGGAAUCAAGUUCAUUUCUGCAGUUUCAUGUUCCAAGUCGGUGGGAAAAGCUUGAAGCUACGGAAGAAAAGCUAGAUCAGCUGGAUGGUUUGAGGAUUAGUAAGAAGAAACAUUCAUCAAUGGAAGAUUACUUACAACUUCCUGAUGAUUAUGAAGAAAGGAAAUGUGAACCAGGAAAGAAGCGAGUAAGGUGGGCUGACCUUGAAGAAAGAAAAGAACAAGACCGACUUCGUGCAAUUGGCUUUGUUGUUGGGCAGACUGAUUGGACUAAAUUGACUGAUCCAACUCAUGCUGAUAGAGCACUAACAAAAACCAAGUAUUUCUAGUUGUGAAAGGAGGCAUUUUAUACUUUUUGCAGACAUAAACAGUUACUUUCAUCAAAGCUUGAAUAUUUUUGUGCUUACUUACUUUUCUAUUAUCAGUGUUUAUUUUCUUAUUUUGGGCCUGUCAUGUUUUUAUUUGAAAUAAGUAUAACAAAAGCCAAAAUAUUUACUUAUCUCCUCCAGCCAUAUAGUUUUCUGCCUAGGAAAAUAAUUGCAUGCCCUCCAUAUUUUUGUUCCAAAGAAAUGCUCUAAUUAAGUAUUUAGGAUUGAGUGUGUUCAUCAAAGACUUUUAUAACAAGUUUAAAACUGAAGAAAAACUAUAUGUGCCAUAUGUUUUAACUUAAAGAUUUACAGGAUUUUGAUUUAUUUGCAUGAAACAAUAUUUCGGUUGCUGACUAAUCUAAAAGUUUUGUUGGUGAGUUUCUUUUUACAUUGAGAAAUUUAAUAUUCAGUAGCAAAAUAGUGUGCAUUUCUCUUGCACAUCUUAAAGCAGAAUCUGCUUUUUUCAUAGUUUAUAAUUUUUAGAUGUGGAAAAUAGUUAAAAGAAUGGUUAAAAGAAAUGUCAGUCUUUUUUCCGAAAUACAAAAAAUUAUUUUUAUUUGAGGGCAGCACAAAGUUUUAAGAGAAACCAAAAUUAGGUUGUAAGAAAAACCUGUUUUGCCAUACACAUGUAAAUCUUUUUAAAAAUUCGAAAUUUUUUUAUGUUUUGUACUGGAAUCUAACUAAGCAGAUUGAAGUUUUGAAAUUUUUUAAGUAAAAGAAUAUGGGAUAUUAGUCCAAAAAUUAAUAUUUUUAAUGUAAUGUAUAUUUUUUAGACUCUUCAUUUCUUAGUUCAUUCUCAUUCAUUAGAUGUAAAAUAGAAUGAAAAUAGGUAUGCAAAAUGAACCUAAUGGUUCAGUUGUCAAAUCAGAAGUAUUUUCUGCUUCUGCUAAUUUUCCUCUGGCAUAUUCAAAUGAUGCUGAAGAAAUGAAAGAGAUGUUAAAACUCUUUAUGCUGAAGAAGAAAUCAUUAAAAAUAGUUUCUUGCAUUGUUAUGUUCUAAACAUUUAAUUAUAAGAAGGGAAAUUAAAUAACUGAACUAAUAUUUUCAGGCACCAAGAAAAGAUUUGUAAUUUUCAUAUAGAAAACUCAUAAUUCAUAUGUAAUAUUUUUAUCUUUUUUUUUCCCAGUCAUUGUUAGUGAACACUAUCACAAAAUAUUGGAAGGCUUAAGUGUUUUUUUAAAGAAUGAAUUGAGGGAUAUGUGUAUAAUUUGUAUUGUUUUGGUACUAGAAGUUUGUUGCUUUACUUUUACGAUUGUAUUAUUCAUGAUAUAUUUACAUAUUAGUGUAUUAUUGAAUAAAGAACAUUAUUUGCUGCUAAUGUGUCACUCAUUUUUGUUUAAUUUCAGUUUGUGAAGAUACCUGCUGAAUAUGACUAAUGUUAGUUUCCUAAAGCCAUAUGAUGAUUUAGUUGGGAAAUGAUUAUGGUUCCAUUUCUCUAUAUUAGUGUUUUUUAAGCAUAUAUUACAUUGUUAAAUAGUCAAUGUUUAGGGUGUGCAGAGAUGUGAAAUCAUUUGAUUUAAAUGAGAGACUCCCAACUUUGUAUCAACCAAAUUUACUCUGUAUUUCUUCUGACUUUUCUCUAAUUCAUAAAUUUGUCUUUAUUUUUGUGUGGCUUGACUUAAUAUUCUGUGAUUUGCAUUCAUAAGUGUUAUUUCUGGUACCUAAUAUUGCUUAAUUUUUUACAAGAAGGCUUUUAAAAAGGAGUAAGGCUGUUUCUUCAAUUCUUUUUUCAACACUAGCACUAAUUUUAUCUCGCAGGCACAUAUCUCUGAUAAUAUUGUGCUCUUGUUCUCUAAUGAGCAUCAAGUAAGAUUGCCAGUCAUUUUGCAGAUACUGCCAAUGAGCAUGUAGCAGUUCAAGCUGUUAUAUGCUUUGUUGCAUUCUUCUGUCACUUAUCAAGAUGAUUUUUGCAAGCUUCAGAAAAUGGCUUAAGCGUUUAUGGCCUUUUUUAUCUAGUAAAAUGCUCAUGUACUUUUCAAAAGUCAUAACACAGAUGAUUUUCCAUGUAGUAUUUAACCAAGAAAAUGUAAUAGCAUCUUCAACAUGUAGCAUUUGUCAUUUUAAUUUUUUGAUUUAGCUCUGUGCAAGGGCCAGUGUUAUUUAAACACAUGUAUGGAUGAAAAUAUGUUGAUGCCUUUGUUAGCAAAAACUGGGCUAUAUGAUAAUUUCUAUAACUAAAAUCACAAUGCUUGCUUUCUGAAGAAAGCAAAACUAUUAAAGAAACUAUAUUAGUAGUUUAUUACUUUAAACUGCAUCAUUUCUAAUUUUUUUAAAAGUUAUAUGAUUUUUAAAUAAUGCUGGUGAUGCAGAAGGUUGCUUGAAGUGAAGCUCAGAGAGUCAAUAUUGGAAUUUUUAACUCGGUAGGAAAAUUUCAAACCAUGAUUAUAUCAAACCGAGCUUUCAUCUCGGAUAUAUCGAACUUGCUUUCUGCUUCUGACCUUCUGAUACCUGCUAUCUUAAAAAAUAUAAAACAUUCUAAAACAGGCCCCAAUUUAUUUUGUAUCAUCUAAUAAAUGUAAAAUAUAAAAAAUAAAUGAAAUAACCAAGAGAAUAAAAAUAAAAUUUAAUUUGACUAUGACUGCAACUACUGCUUUAUACUUCAACACAACUGCAACAUUUCGUAGUCACCAUCCCAGCUCAUUGUUUGCAGCAUUUUCCAGUCAAAAAAAUAGUGUCAAAAAGUGUCUCUGCAAUUCUGUGUGCCUGUAGCAGUCUGUUUACACAAGGGAAUAUAUUAUUUCUAGGGCAUCAGAAUACAUAUCUUCAGUGCCUAACCAGAGUUGUAAUCAUUGCGCAUGAUGGACUGCAUUGUCCCCGGAGACAUAUUUGGCGGCAGCCAAUGAAAUUGCAAAUUGAAAUCAUACAUCCAAAAAUCAGUGGUGGUUACUCUCAGCAUUUAGGUUACUGAAUAGCAUGGCCUCUUAGUCUGUAAGUCAAGGUUUUACUGCAUCUGUAAGAUACUCAUAAUCAGGACUUAUAGAACAUCUCUGAGGAAUUACCGUUGUGCAUUAAUUAUAAGUUAUGACAGACAUUUUAAACACAAGUUUACAAGCAUAUUCUGUCAAGCCUUACUUUUCACUUUAUAUGCUGUUGCUUCUAUAUAUUGAUUUUGGCCAUUUCAAAAUUUCUCAGCAUCUGUUUAUCUAGUUUUAAAAAAAGAAAAAUGUUAAAAUUUUUAAGAACAGUGCAAUAAAUUUUUCUAGUCAC